ACCUAACCUUAAAUACUUUUAUGUUCAUAAGUUCAUAACUACGUUUCAUUUUGAAAACUUCGAAAGUGUAUAUUGUAAUUGUUUAACUGUUUUAAAAAUAAGAAGCAAAGAAUUAAAAUUAUAGAUGACAGAAAAGAAACGAGUGUUAAUGGUGUGUUUAGGCAAUACCUGUAGAUCAACGAUCGCUGAAGCUAUAUUCAAAAAUUACGUCGAGAAAAUGAAUUAUUUAUGGGAAGUUGACAGUUCUGGUUUAAGAGGUUAUCACGUUGGGGAAGGUCCUAAUCAAAGAGCACUAAAUAUUCUAGAAAAGAAUGGCAUUAAAAAUUAUCAUCACAUAGCAAAAGUCAUAAAAAAUCAAGACUUCGAUGAUUUCGAUUGGAUAUUUGGAAUGGAUGAAUAUAAUUUAUCAAAGUUAAUAGAACUAAAACCAAAAAAUUGUCGAGCGCAAGUUGAACUCCUGGGAAAAUAUCAUCCAAGUGGAGAAGUUAUUAUUGAAGAUCCUUAUUUUGAAAAUAAUAUUACCAGUUUUCAAACAGUUUACGAUCAGUGUGUUGCAUGUGUUGAAAAUUUCUUGAAGCAAGAAAAUAGUUCUUAAUUCAACAACAUAUUGAGAAAAAUGGAUAUAUUUUUUUAAAAAUAAUUUUUAAAGAGAAAAAAUUAGAUAAAAUUUCAAAAAUUCAAGUUGAUAAACUACAAAUUAUUUUUGAUAUUUAUAAAUAUUGUGCUGGAAGUUUUAAUGAUCUGAUAUAGGUUUAUCAAUCUACAGAAUUUUUUAAUUUUGUUUAAAUUAAAUAAUUUAUAAAUUACGUACAUAAUAUUUAUUUUUAUAGAAGUGUAAUUAGAAUUGUAGCCAGGAAAGAUUUUAUGCAAGAAUGAAAUAUUUCAAUUUUUCAUUGUACAGAUUAUAAAUUUAAUUGAAAUAUUUCAAGAUUUGAACAAAGUUCUAUUUUUAUGUUAAAAAUUUGAUAAGUAAUUUUUAUGUUUAAUAUCGACUGUAUUUAUAAAUGUGACAUCGAAAAACAUCAAGAGUCUAUUAAAUAAGUUACAAAAGUGUAUCAAAAUAAUUUAUAAACGAUAAGCUGGUCUUGAAUUGAGAGUUAAAC